CCUAAAGCCAAUUGGGUGGUGGUGGUGGUGGUGGUGGGUGCGGCUGUUACUUUUAUAGGAGGCUAGCAAGGGAGCUCUCUUACCACUUCGACCGUGCUUUCUCCUCCAUGCCAGUCCCUUGCUCUUCUGUCACAAUUCCUUGGUCUUCUCAUAAUUUGAUUUCAUUGGUUUCAUCUAAUACAGCAACCACUGCUCCCUGAAGGCUGCUUCGUGAUUGAUUCUUUUUAUUUAUUGGGCUGCUUUGUACCUCGGUUAAUAGAUUUGUUUCUUUGUUUAUUGUACAUUUCUGAUUAACUAUUGCCGUUGGUGGAAUUAGAAGGGCAACCAUGUUGAACUUCAAAUAGAGAUAUGGUGCUCUUUGUAAUAAUUGCUGAACAAAGGAUGUGUGAGGUUGGAUGAGAGUAUUUGAAAUUCUUCCUCCCCCGUAAUGGCCUCAAAAUCUGGCGCCAAAAUUUCUUCUAAACAGCAGUCCAAGACAAGCACUGUCCAAAGAGUAGAAGCAGAUGAGCCAGAGCCUUUACCCUCAAAUGUUUCCAAGACAAACAAAUCUGAGCUGGUUACUCCCGAAUACCUCCUCAAAUUGGUAGAAACUGCACCAAAACAAGUUGAGGUGGAGUGUUAUGAAAAUAAAAGGUCACCAAUUUUAGAUCAAAAUGGUUCUGUUGAAUCUUUAACUAAUAAGUUUGAAUCAAGCUCAUUUUCACCAUAUGUUGAACAAGCAUCAAGCGGAGUAGAUUCUUCCAUUUAUAGGACUAGAGAUUCACCUGCAAUUUCUGUUGAUCUAGAAAAGAAAACGUCAGAGUAUGGAAGUGUUAAAAACAGCUCAGUAUCUACCAAAGUUAGUGACGGGACCAAUAGUCUUGCCAAGACUAGUGGAAGUGCCAAGAUUAGCGACCGUCUUGAUAAUGUUGGGAGUGGCAAGAGCAGCAUGUGCAGAGGCAGCACAAGCAGUGAUGUGAGUGAUGAAAGCACAUGCAGCAGCUUUAGUAGCAGUAUCACUAAGCCUCACAAAGGGAAUGACUUGAGAUGGGAAGCUAUCCAGGUUGUCAGGACAAGAGAUGGGGUUCUAGGUUUGAGCCAUUUUAGACUGCUGAAGAGGUUGGGUUGCGGGGACAUUGGGAGUGUCUAUCUGUCAGAGUUGAGUGGAACUAAGUGUUACUUUGCAAUGAAGGUUAUGGACAAAGCAUCUUUAGCAAGUCGUAAAAAGCUGCUUCGGGCUCAAACAGAAAGAGAGAUACUGCAAUCUCUUGACCAUCCCUUCCUUCCUACACUUUACACACACUUUGAGACGGAGAAGUUCUCCUGUUUGGUAAUGGAGUUCUGCUCUGGUGGAGAUUUGCACACCCUUAGGCAGAGGCAGCCUGGGAAAUAUUUUCCAGAGCAGGCGGUAAAAUUUUAUGUAGCAGAGGUCUUGCUUGCAUUGGAAUAUCUCCACAUGCUUGGGAUCAUCUAUCGUGACCUUAAGCCAGAAAAUGUUCUUGUGAGGGAAGAUGGUCAUAUAAUGCUCUCUGAUUUUGAUCUUUCCCUUCGUUGCAGCGUCAGCCCAACUCUUGUCAAGACAUCUUCUCUUGAAUCAGAACCAUUAAGGAAGAACCCUAUUUACUGUGUCCAGCCUGCUUGUAUCGAACCUUCCUGCAUUCAGCCAUCUUGUGUUGCUCCAACAACUUGCUUUUCUCCCCGACUCUUUUCUAGCAAGUCCAAGAAAGACCACAAACCAAAAAAUGAAAUUGGAAACCAAGUUAGUCCAUUACCUGAGCUAAUAGCAGAGCCAACUGAUGCCCGUUCAAUGUCAUUUGUUGGGACCCAUGAGUACUUGGCACCAGAGAUCAUCAAGGGUGAGGGUCAUGGAAGUGCUGUUGAUUGGUGGACUUUUGGAAUCUUCCUUUAUGAACUCUUGUUUGGUAAAACUCCUUUUAAGGGAUCUGGGAACCGGGCAACGUUGUUCAAUGUUGUGGGACAGCCUCUUCGGUUUCCAGAAUCACCUGUUGUCAGUUUUGCAGCAAGGGACCUCAUAAGGGGGCUACUUGUAAAGGAACCACAACAUAGAUUGGCUUAUAAACGAGGGGCAACUGAGAUUAAGCAACAUCCCUUCUUUGAAGGUGUGAAUUGGGCAUUGGUUCGUUGUGCUACCCCUCCUGAGAUUCCAAAGCCAGUUGAGCUUGAACGGAUACCAGCUCCACCACUGGCAUCAACAGGUGAAAAGGUUGCUGCCAAUGCAGCUGCUUGUGAUCAGAAAGGUUCAGACAAUUAUCUGGAGUUUGAUUUCUUUUAGAAGUCCAUGCUAUUAAUUGCAAUACCCAGUUUGUUUCUAUUUAGCGGCAAGAAUUAUUCUGAACGUCUCAGGGGUUGUUGGUGAUGAGGAUAAAGUCUUCUUGUUGACGGAUAUAAGGAGAAAAUGUAUGUUUGUUGUUGCUGCCUAUUUAAACAAUUUUAAAUCUGUGUUUCAUAAUUAUUUCAUGAACUGCCUCCGCCUCUCCUUUUACCCUGCGCUUCAAUGAGUGGUUUCUUCUGUCCUAGACCUAGAGUACUGGAAACAUGGAUGGAUAUAUGAUUUCGAACCUGGUUAUGGCAACCAUAGAGCAAUGCGGAUUGAUCAGCAGCUAUAAUUUUACGAAACGAGAAGCAAAAUUAUUUGAUAUGUAAAUAAUAUUUCCUUUUGGUCGCUUUAAAGGUUUGUAGAUCCAAGAUUAAAGCACAGCUUCAAAACCGAGGUGCUUGAUCUGUGAUUUUGUAAUGUAAUUCUAAAUGUCAACAUGCUGCUUCUCUUUUUAUACCCCAGACAUUGUUAUUAUUAUAACAAUUGCACACCAGACAACAUUCAUAUAUUAUCA